AUGUCAGCCGCAGAAUACUACAAAGGAUCGUCGGUGCCACAACAAAAGUAUGCAACCCCUGUGGGCCCUCCUCCAAAUUUCCAAAACGACAACAGAGGUGUUUUCAGCUCACACCAACAGCCUCCACAACAAGCCUACUACGGUCAACAGCAACAGCAGUACUACGCCAAUGCUCCUCCCAAUUACAAUCAACAGCAACAUUAUCAGCAACAACAACAGCCAGGCUAUUAUAAUCAGCAACAGCCGGUGUAUGUGCAGCAACAACGCCCUUCAAACAACAAUCAGGACUGCUUAACAGCGUGUUUAGCUGGUAUGUGUCUCUGCUGUACCUUGGAUCUACUAUUCUGA